UAAAUAGCACUGUUGAAGACCAAAUACGUUCUGACAUGGUAUUUGCACAUAAGCUAGAAGAAGAAAUAAAUGUCAGUUCAGAGGAGGAACUUCCUCUAGGAUUGCAGCUUAGUACAGCACCUGCUCACGAAUCUCUCGGGCAAGCUCUUAAACAAAAUUGUGUGAAAUUUUCGUUUGGUACAGAGCGGUUGAACCUUUACGCCCAACGAUCAAAAGUGUGGAAACGGGCGCUAAACGAAAUACAAGAUAAUACAGUUAAAACAGUUCAAUCAACACAAAUGAAGGUGGAGUUUAUUGGAGAGCCAGCUGUUGACACCAGUGGCCCCACAAGAGAAAUGUUCUCCAUUGUUUUUAAACAGGUGUCUGAAUCAGGUGUUACAAGAGGUGAACCGCCAAACAUUACGUUCAUGCAUGACCAACAGGCAUUGAACAACAGUCAUUAUAAGGUAAUGGGUCAAAGUCUUCUGAAAUGUGGCACCGGACUGCAUUUCUUUUGCCCAAUCCUUGCCAAUUACAUUGUAAGCAAAGAGUACAAGCCCAUGUCUGAAGAAAACGUGAGAUUAAAGAUAAAUUAG